UGACAGAGCCAAUAUCAGGCCCGAGUCCGCUUCACUUUCAAUUAGCAGAUAAUAGAACCCGUGGUUUUAUUUCUUUUAUUCUUUGCGCAGCCGCCUUGGAAGACACACGGACGCACAGUGGGGGGACGGAGAGAGAACAGAGCGAAGCAAAAAGAUGGUUAUCGACGUAAUUAAAGUGAGGCAGCGCUGUUGUCUCGUCGCCUCUCAUUAUUAGAAGCACCUCUCUUUUGUUGUGCGCCUGUGUGCGUGUGUGUGCGUCGAGUCUGUGUGUGUCGUUAGCCGGGUCUCCCCCCCUCUCUCUCUCCCCUAUACACACACACACGUGGCUUUAUAAAAGGACUCCUCGGCGUUUUAGUUUAAACGGGAGUCCCCGCUGGAUAGAAGAAUCCACAGACCGUGGCGAUGUCUCCCAAAUAUUCCGCAGCCACCAAGCUCUUGACUCUACUGCUGGUCCCGAGUCUGGCUCACGCGAUGCACGUGAAGGAGCUUCAACUGCCCGAGGAUCUCAGGGUUCUCUACGAUUCCCAGGACAAGAGGGACCUGCAGCUGGGCUCCUACCGGAGGAACCUUCGCUGCAUCGACAUGCUGAGCGUGGAGGGGAGCUUCACGUUCACGUCGAGCGAGCCGGGCCAACGCUGCGCACUCUUCCUCAUCGCGAACCCGGACGAGACUCUGCUUCUGCACUACACGGACGUGAACAUCGACUGCGGUGCAGGGGACUCGCUCACGGUGUUUGACGGCUGGGUCAUGAAGCGGCAGACGUUCCCGGGAAACGGGGACUACCCCCUGCCGGCCGAGCGCCGCUCCCGGGACUUCUGCCGCGGCCUCGGCUCUCUGCAGCGCACGUUCAGCUCCAGCCAGAACGUGGCCAUGAUCCUGUUCAACAUCGCCACUCCGGGACAGGGUUUCACCGUGGCCGUGAGGAAGGCGCUCAGCCACGCUCCAUGUAACGCGGUGUCGCCCAGCGCGGACGGCAUCCACACGCUGGCGCUGCCGCCCGACCGGGCGAGCUGCAGCUUCUCCAUCAUCUAUCCCGUGGCGCUGGAGCUGUUGACGAUGCGGGACAAGGGCGCCAGUGCAGGGGACACCGCCGGCCACGGACAGGAGGAUGUGCAACAGCUCGACGCCGAGUGCGACGCGGGCGCCUUCGUCCAAGUGCUGGGCGGCAACGGUCUCAAUCCCAGCACCAUGAACAGCCUGGCAACGUUCUGUUCCACGCUCUCCUCGCCAGUGGAGUUGGCGGCGGGCUGCGAGCACACUGUGGUGCGGCUGGUGGGCAGGCCCGGCACUCGGGCUCAGGUCACCUUCUCCUUCCGUCGACUCACGCCCAACGACACCGGCAGCUCCCACGCUCGAUGCCCCGUUCCCUUCUAGCCCCGAGGAAGAGCACCACGCCGCACACACACACACACUAUAUACACACACGAUGACAGAUACCACCCCCCCCCCCCCCCCCGUGUAGCCUGCACACGCUGUGAUAGUGGGCAUCUACGAAAGCCGACAACGGCGCAUAAAGAGGUGGGUGGUGUAACCGGGGGGGAAAAUAAAAAAAAAACACGUGGCCGCCUUUGUCUCCGCAGUGCUGUUGUUUACACACCGCACCAGGUAAUAAAGCAGAGUCAACCUUGGGGAGGCGCACGGCCCGUUCAGAUAUUUGCCACUGAUGUUAGCCGUAGCCAGGAAUCAAACUCACGGUCGCCACGUUCACAGGGCAGCGGGCCACUCGCUAACGCCCUCCGCUGCUCGUGCCAGCCUUGUUAGGUGCUUUGCUGGCAGCACUUGGCCCAAAAAAGUAUUUGACGGCUACAGGGGGAUAUUUGUCUGAAGCUGCACACACUUUUGACCAUGCAGGGCCCCCCCCCCCCCAUUCGCCCUGCAAGAGAUGUCAAUGUACAGUCGUGAAACAGGCCAACCCAGCGGUCGCUCUCUUGACGUAGACCGCGGGGCUCGAACGGGAUGGGGCCCACCAAUCCACGCGGUUGGGCUCUUGUGGCCAACGGCUCAAUUGUCUUUAGACGCCCCCCCCCCCCGACAAGGGACGUACAAAAGCAAUGGUAACAAUGGCAAGUUUGCGUAAAAUAGUGAGAAGUCGUACAACGCUUUUGUGUAUUUAUAGCGCAUGCAUACCUUACAGAUGCUGAUAAUGUAAUAAAUAUUUACUCUGCAUAUAUAUAAAAUACAUACUGUAUAUGAUGUAUUACAGCAGUUUAAAUGAGGGAAUAUCCAAUAACCUCAACAAACGCAAAAUCUCCCUUAUCAGUAUUAACGCCUCGGGAAGCCAAGGAGAGCCGUGGUGACGUCACGUGCUUUUCCAAACGCCCUUGGACACCGGUUGUGUGUAUGGGGAGAUUGUGUUUCCCUCUGGAUUCCACCCUUGUGAUGCUUACGCUUGAUCCUUUCCUUACAUACAACGCAGAGUUGUUGCAUUCCUUGUAAACUGAGGUCGCAGCCUCCUCCUCCACUUCUAUGUUUUAAUCUGUGUCAAUAAAUGUUGAUAGAAUUAGA